GCUAGCAUGUAUACCGGUCUGCUUAUCGCAGGAGGAGUUGUAGCGAUUUAUUUAAUCGUGUACAAUACUUCGAUGAAACUACGAAGGUGUAAGAGCUCGGCUACAUUGCACGGGAAGACUGCGAUCGUAACGGGGGCCAACACAGGCAUUGGGAAGACCACAGCCCUGGACUUGGCCAAAAGAGGGGCAAGGGUCAUCCUGGCCUGCCGAAAUCAGCAGAGAGCAGAAGCUGCUGUCCGUGACAUUAAGAGGGUGAGAAAUCCAUUUUUCAGCCUUUUUUUAGUUACUGAGCCCAGGUACAUUUGCCAUUCUCUAAGUUCCACCCCUGUUCUUCAGGAAAGUGGGAAUGAUGAGGUGGUGUACAUGAAUCUGGACCUGGGGAGCCUGCAGUCUGUGCGCUCCUUCACUGAGACCUUCCUAAAGACAGAACCAAGACUGGACCUGCUCAUCAACAAUGCAGGUAUCUUCCUGCAAGGAAAGACAGAGGAUGGCUUUGGUAUGAUCUUUGGUGUCAAUCACCUUGGUCACUUCCUGUUAACUCUUUUGCUGUUGGAGCGUCUGAAGGAGUCUGGCUCAAGCAGAGUGGUAAAUGUGUCCUCCAGUGCUCACAUUUAUGGAGCCAUUGAUUUCAACUGCCUGAGCACCCACAAAGAGCUUGGUGUGGGAGACACUGCCUUUCAGGUCUUUCAAUUGUACAGCCACAGCAAGCUGUGCAAUGUGCUCUUUACUCAUGAGUUGGCCAAGAGACUGCAAGGAACCAGUGUCACCUGCUACAGCCUGCAUCCAGGAGUGGUCAGAACGGGCAUAACUCGUUAUAGUAGUAUAUGGUGGCAGAUCCUCCUCAUUCCAGGAGCCUUGCUGUUCUGCGUAGAUGCAGAUUCUGGAGCCCAGACCACUCUGCACUGUGCCCUCCAGGAGGGCAUUGAGCCGCUGAGUGGGUGUUACUUCUCCGACUGUGCCGUGGUGGAUCUUCUCCCCAAGGCCAAGGAUGAUGCAGUGGCCAGAAAGCUGUGGGAAGUGAGUGAGAGACUGAGCGGCCUGUGCUGAGACUGCCUUUCUGCACUCCUGAAAAACAAGGAUUGGAAAAUGCAUUUUCUACCCAAGAGUGCUUCAUGAGUUUGGCAAGAUUUUAUGUCAGGGGUCUACAACCACCCUGGUCACAGUUGCAGAGUGUUCUGGUUUUUGCUGGCCCACACAAACUGCUGUUUUUCGGAGCUGUUUGUAAAACGAUUUCCCACGUGACAUGCAUAAUUAUCAGAUGACAUUGCCAAAUAUUAACACAGAGCUGUCCACAGGACGUGGAGGGGGAGGGGAAUUGGUCGAGUUUGGGACAAUUCAAAAAACCAAUGUGCCUGCUCUUUGUGAAUGUUUUUUUGGCAUUUUAGAUACAAAAACCAGGAGGAGAAUGCAGUGUGCAUUAAUGUUCUGCAGUGGGUUGGUAGCAUUUUUCUCCUGGAUUAGUUAAGUAUCAUUUGUUUGUGCUGUUUCUAAUUAAGUUUAAUUGUCAUUAUAGUGUUCUGCUGUUUGUUUGUUUGUUUGUUUGUUUGUUUGUUAGUUAGUGCAAGUGGUGUUUAUUUUGAUUACAGUGAAACUGGGUUGUGUGUUUGUUUCUCUCAGGUGAGCUAGGCUAUUAAGUUUGCCUAUUGUUUUCACUGGUUGGCAGGCCACAGCUUUUGUUGUAAGAGGAGCCAAUAGUUUGCACCCUGCUCAGGGUAUAAUUACUGGCACAGCUGAACUCACUUCAGUGUGCAUUAGUGUUCUGCAGUGGGUUGGUAGCAUUUUCUCCUGGAUUAGUUAAGUAUCAUUUGUUUGUGCUGUUUCAAAUUAAGUUUAGUUGUCAUUAUAGUGUUCUGCUGUUUAUUUGUUUGUUUGUUAGUUAGUGCAAGUUAGUUAGAUUUCAUUUCAUAUGUAUUUUCCUAGUUAUGGAUGUGAUGCUUUGACUUGUGGAAGAACCUAUGCAUUUGUAAAUCGCUUUGGAUUAAAAGUGUCUGCCAAAUGACUAAAAUGUAAAUGUAAAAAAAUGAUGCAUGUGGGCCAUUAAUCGAGUUGAUUGCACUAUUCGCUUAUCUUACCUAGUUUCCUGGGGCUUGAUAUUUUGCUGAUGGUAAAAACAAAACAUGCAGACCCCAUGGCCAUCCAGGACCAGGGUUGCAGGCCCCUGCCUAAGCAGAAUAUGUUUUUUAAAAAAAGAAAAAAAAUUGUGUAAUUGUGAUUAACAUGCUAAACGCACAUUGUCUUACCAAAUUAAAAUGUACAUGGAAAUUAGGCUGUUGCUAUACCUAGGUAAGACUGUAUUUGUCCUAUUUGGUUCCUAGAAUAGGUUAGGCAAGGAGACCGAACUUGCCAUAACAACUGGAUGGCUAUCUGUUACAUCUAAACCCUCUGUUAAGUAUCUAUGUAUCCGAAUUUGGCUUCCUCCAUGGUCCGCUCCGUCUUUGACUGAGCACAACACGAAAGUAUCACUUACAGAAGGCAUACUUAGCUAAGAAAGUUUUGGGAAACACCCUGAAACGUUAAGGUACAGCUUAAGUUAUAAUUUAAGAACAACGUCCUUAAGAAAGCUUCAGGAAACACAGCCCAGAGUAGUACUGGGCCUUGACCAUAGAAGCCAUGUGGGGAGGGCUCAUUUAUACAGCUUCAGUGGAUUAGUCAAUUAGUAUGUGUAUUUUUAUUUUAAAUGUUAUUAUUCAUAAUUUGUCUAAUAUCAUUUCCAAUGCACAUAACACACUCACUCACUGAUGUACUGUAAGUUUAUUUAAAGUCCACCUUUAAUGCUUAAAUCAUCAAACACCUGUUUCCACUUUUUCAUUUUAUU